GUGCGCUGCCCGCGGGGCUCUGCAGGAAGGACCCGAAGCUCUGCUUGGGCUCACAUCCCUGCCUCCUCUCCGCAGCGUAGCAAUGCCAGCCCCAACACCCCAUAGCAGCCCCACCACUCACUGCACGCGGGGGGCUGGCGUCACCCAUGGGCACCACUGAAGGAGCCCCCGGAGCCAUGCUGCCUGCCUGACCGCUGCCGGGUUUCGGGCCGCGCACUCUGCCCCAGCACGGCUUCGGCGAUGAGCGGGGCUUCUUUUUGCAUGGAGCGUCUCUCUUUCUGCCUCCUCCUGAGUGCCUGGAGCUGGGGUUGGGCGCCCGGGGGUGCCGCCAAGCCCAAGGGCCAGGGCUACCCGCACAUGAACUCCAUCCGCAUUGACGGGGACAUCACUCUCGGGGGGCUCUUCCCCGUGCACGGCCGGGGCGCUGAGGGCAAAGCCUGCGGAGAGCUGAAGAAGGAGAAGGGCAUCCACCGCCUGGAGGCCAUGCUCUUCGCCCUGGACCGCAUCAACAACGACCCCGACCUGCUGCCCAACAUCACCCUGGGUGCCCGCAUCCUGGACACGUGCUCGCGGGACACGCACGCCCUGGAGCAGUCGCUGACCUUCGUGCAGGCCCUGAUUGAGAAGGACAGCACCGAGGUGCGCUGCGUCAAUGGUGGGCCCCCCAUCAUCACCAAACCUGAGCGGGUGGUCGGCGUCAUCGGCGCCUCAGGCAGCUCUGUCUCCAUCAUGGUGGCCAACAUCCUGCGGCUCUUCAAGAUCCCCCAGAUCAGCUACGCCUCCACUGCGCCAGACCUGAGCGACAACAGCCGCUACGACUUCUUCUCCCGCGUCGUCCCAUCCGACACCUACCAGGCGCAAGCCAUGGUGGACAUUGUCAAAGCCCUCAAGUGGAACUACGUCUCCACCCUGGCCUCCGAGGGCAGCUAUGGGGAAAGCGGUGUGGAAGCCUUCAUCCAGAAAUCCAGGGAGGAUG